AUGAUUUCUGAUUUGUUCCGCAAGUGUGACUCAAAUCCCAAACCUUUGCAUCAGGAUUUUGAACUCUUCAAAGCUUUUCUUCAUCAUCUUUACUCUUCCAGUGAAGCUUCUGCUUUGCUUCAAUUUAAGAAACCCUUUGGAAUCUCCUUAGAAAACUCUGAUUGGUGUGAUACUUCUUCUUUCCCGAAAACAUCAUCUUGGAAUGAGAGUAGGGAUUGCUGCAGUUGGGAUGGGGUCACUUGUGACUUGUUAACAGGUCAUGUUAUAGGCCUGGACCUUAGUUGCAGUCAGCUUGGUGGAACUAUUCAUCCCAACAGCAGCCUCUUCCAUCUUGAUCAUUUUGAGACACUAAACCUUGCUUACAAUCACAUCAAUUCUUCUUCGAUCCCAAGUGACAUUGGCCACUUGAUAAAUUUGAGGCAUCUCAACCUUUCCAGGUCUUCAUUUGAUGGCCAGAUUCCUAAUUCCAUUGGCAACCUAACCCAAACUAGGGAGUUAGAUUUAGGUUCUAAUUAUUUCACUGGCCAGAUUCCUAAUUUCAUUGGCAACCUAACCCAAAUUAUGGAGUUAAAUUUAGGUUCUAAUUAUUUCAGUGGCCAGAUUCCUAAUUCCAUUGGCAACCUAACCGAAAUUAGGGAGUUAGAUUUAAGUUAUAAUAAUUUCACUGGCCAGAUUCCUAAUUCCAUUGGCCACCUAACCCAAAUUAGGAAGUUAGAUUUAGGUAAUAAUCAUUUCACUGGCUAUAUUCCUAAUUCCAUUGGCAACCUAACCCAAAUUAGGGAGUUAGAUUUAAGUUAUAAUAAUUUCACUGGCCAGAUUCCUAAUUCCAUUGGCAACCUAACCCAAAUUAGGAAGUUAGAUUUAGGUAAUAAUCAUUUCACUGGCCAUAUUCCUAAUUCCAUUGGAAACCUAACCCAAAUUAGGGAGUUAGAUUUAAGUUAUAAUAAUUUCACUGGCCAGAUUCCUAAUUCCAUUGGCAACCUAUAACCCAAAUAAGGAAGU